GGUCAUUUCCAAGCGGAAGUGCCCAUUGUGCCGAGUCAUAUCCAAUAUGCCGAGGACAGCACACACAGGUUAACCGUAAAACAGUUCGUAGCUGAGCUGUUAAAACCGCACGACAGGAUUAUUCCUAUCCAAGCGGAAGUGCUACAUCUGGAUGUGCUGCCUGAUAAAACAACGAAACAAACAGAGAUCUUGCGUUCGUUCGCGCAUGACGAUCUUCACACCUUUCGCCAGGAUGUUUGCAGAGUCCUGGAUGUGGCAUUCAUGACACCGCAAUUACAUGGAGGAAUUUUCCCACAGAGCUUACGUUCGCAUCAAAACCGCCCAAAAGCUGAAACCGAUUUACAAAACUUGUGGAUGACGUGGAUAGAUGAGGGUUCGGAAAAUGUGGCUUACAUUCCUCCCGAAGGUGUUGCAGCCUUACCGACUUCCUCUGGGGACACUAGCAAAACCGAUUCCUGGGCGCUUGGAUGUCUGACCAUUUCCUUCAUCAACAUCGAUCAGCCGCUGCAACUAGUUGUGCGCGACAUGAAACGCGCUUCCGUAGUCGAGAUGUUUGAAAUGAAGCAGCCACUGCUUCCGAGAUUAAAAGCAUUCUAUGCGGGAGCGGAAAAACAGAAGGAUCUUGUAACUGGUCCAAAUAUCGAAUCAAUUAGACCGGUUCCACAUGCUUGCGACGAUUUCUUGCACCACUGUCUGAAGGUUGAUCCGGCUGAGCGAUGGAGCUUGGAACAGCUGCGUGCUCACCCUUUUUUAGAUUUAGGAAAAUCUGUAGAUGACCUUUUUGCAGCUGAUAUGACUUAUUACAAGCAAGUAUUACCUUGUACGCUUACUGAGGCGAAUAUGCAGAUGGACCGGUUACUGGGCGGGGAAGAAAUAUUGCGGCGGCUGCUAUCCGAACAUGGCCUACCAGACAGCAGUCCAAGAUACCACCCACUGCAACUGGCUGAUAUCUGGGGCUUUAAUGUCUUCGACACCGAAGACAGAGGGUUGCAUUUUAUGCAAGCGGAGAUGCAGCGAUUUAUGGUGCGGCGAUACCAGCUUAAUCUGGAAACAAAACAAUCAACCCAGCCAAAAUAUUUAAAUGUGAAAACCAGGCCUGUAAGUUUUAAAAUCGCUCUUACCGGAACCGAACCAAAUAAUGACGAACUGCUUAAGAAACUUGUGCUCCCUGAAAGGGCUGGAAAGAACAGUCAGUCAUAUUGGGCAUCAAUCAUAUCAUCGGCAGAGAAAGAUAAACGACCAAACAGAGUGGUGCUGGGAAAUAAGCUGAAAGUAUUCCAACUACUUAUCAAAGAAAUUGCGCCGCAAACGGAAAAUAUUAUACAGCAUUAUGCAGUAAAACCGGAAAAUCCGACUACGGAGUUACGAAUUUUUACGGAAAGCGAAGACGCAUACACUCUAUUGUCGGGCUUGUUAAUGACACGACGAUUUAGAAAGACCAUGAUUCCUGGAUUCACUGGACAGAUACUGAGCGGACUCACGAUAUUAAAUUAUUAUGGUAUUGUUCAUAAAGAUAUCCGCUGUUCUAACAUCCGCGUGGAUGAAACCAAGAAUAUUGUAAAAAUAUGUCACUUUGAGAAAGCUUCCUAUCAUCGUUGGGAUUCCAAUCUGGGAACGUCCAUUACAUAUCCAGAAGGAUCAGCACAGUUUGCCUCCAAAGAAAUGCAGGAACUGCUGGCUUUUGAUCUGAAUGGCCGCCGGGCUGACGUGGGACCGGCGACGGAUGUGUUCAGUUUGGGUUGUACGGUCAUUGAAAUGUAUACACGACAACUACCAGUGUGGGUGUACGAGAAAGAUGGGAAACUGAGACAGUAUCAUUUUAGCGGGGGUGAUGAUAGAGAAGUGGAUUUUGUUAGGCAUACAUGUGCAUUAUGGAAUCUCCAGGCUAUGCCGGAUGUCAGCUGUCUUUCCGACGUUAUGGAACCCGAAAUGGCAGAGAAAGCGCGAGAGUUUGUCCGCCUUUGCUUCGCGCCAUCUGAUGAGCGACGGAGUAGUGAAGUGUUAAAAUGGCAUCCAUUUGUCAGGUCCGCCCUUUAAGAUCCGCAUUUUAACCGGAGAAAGAUACUUUCUGUUGCAGUAACUGAAUUCAUAGUGGUGGCACAGAAAUAUUGAACAGAGACAAUUGAGAAGUUACGCGAAAAAAUAUUCAACUGGAUAGCUAAUUUCCUGUAGUUCUGUACCGCUAAUGGACUACAAAAACAUAAAACAUGACCGGCAGUUAUCUCGAAUUCCGUACAUCGAGUGCUAACAGUUAGGCCCGUAGCGAGACCCCCGUUAAAUUUCCAAAAUUGAACUCCUACAGUUUUUUUCGAUAAUUUUUUCUAAUCCACAUUUGGAUCGCCGUUAAAAUUCUGAGUAGCAUGUUUGAGGCCGAUUUUUGAAAUGUGAAUUUCCCCCAUGAAUGACUAAAACGGACGGUCGCCAAUGCGACACCUUCGUGUUACGGUGUCUCCCCUCACAGCAUUCAAAAAUCUACUCCUCCCACAGUUUUCAUCCUGCAUUUUUUCGGAAUACAAGAAUAAGCUCUUCGUGAAAUUCUAAACAACAUGGUUAUAACCGAAUUUUUGAAUUCGGUUCACCCCAAAACCGACUCUCAGAGCGGUUGACCCGGCGACAGUAUAAUUUGUGAGGGUUUCCUCCCGGACCGCCCCAAACACGCGAAAAUUACUCGAAGUUAUUUUUGUAUGUCUUCUUAUGUUUUCUUGAGCUUUUUUUAUAUUUUUACUAUUUUUACUCAAAUAUUUUCUGUUUCUGGGAAUUUUUACUUUAUUCUUCUGAUUUUACUAUAUUUUCUUGCGUAUACUUCUUAUGUUUUCUUAUGUUUAAUCUUAUACCUGCUGGUUUUUACUCUUACGUUUCUUAUC